UCAUCUUCGUCCCCUUUCUUCCUCCCGACGUGCACAACGGCCAGCGACGGCCUCGUCCUCUAAACCCUCAUCUCAUUCAGCUCUUGUAACUCCUGCCGUUUAUACGACUCCAGCCAUGGUCUAUCCGCAUGCGACGCCGUACGUUACCCCGCACAUCCUGCACAAACACUACGCCCAAGCGCAUGACAACGAGCAGCUGAACGAUCUGCUCGGCCGUGAACUCGAAUACUUCUCGCAAGCGGGCUUCGACAUGGACAAGAUCACGAUCAAGCGCAACGCGCCCGUCGCGCAGCUGUAUGAGGACGCGAUCCGCAACGAGGGCGCCGUCAUCUCGUCCAGCGGCGCGCUCAUCAACUUUUCCGGGAAGAAGACCGGCAGGAGUCCAAAGGACAAGCGCAUCGUCUUUGAAGAGACGAGCAAGGAUGACAUCUGGUGGGGCUCGGUGAACAUCAAGAUGGAUGAACACACCUUUGAGAUCAACCGCGAACGCGCGAUUGACUACCUGAAUACUCGUGACAAUGUCUACGUCUUCGAUGGCUUCGCAGGGGGGGACCCGCGCUACCGCAUCAAGGUCCGCGUCAUCUGUGCGCGGGCUUACCACGCCCUCUUCAUGCACAACAUGCUCAUCCGGCCGACGGAGGAGGAGCUGGCGAACUUUGGCGAGCCGGACUUUAUCAUCUACAACGCGGGCCAGUUCCCGGCGAACCGGUUCACGCAGGGCAUGUCGUCGACGACGUCCGUUGAGAUCAACUUCAAGCGAAUGGAGAUGGUCAUCCUCGGGACGGAGUACGCCGGUGAGAUGAAGAAGGGCGUCUUCUCGGUCAUGCACUACCUCCAGCCGGUCAAAUUCGGCCAGCUCUCGCUGCACUCGUCCGCCAACGUCGGCAUCGAGAAGGGUGACGUGACGCUGUUCUUCGGUCUCUCCGGCACUGGCAAGACGACGCUGUCCACGGACCCGCGCAGGCAGCUGAUUGGUGACGACGAGCACGUCUGGUCUGAUCGCGGUGUGUUCAACAUCGAGGGCGGGUGCUACGCCAAAUGCAUCAACCUCUCGGCCGAGAAGGAGCCCGAGAUCUUCAACGCCAUCCGUUUCGGCUCCAUCCUCGAGAACGUAGUGUACAACCCCGCGACUCGCGUCCCCGACUACGAUGAUACGAGCAUCACUGAAAACACGCGGUGUGCGUAUCCAAUCGAGUUCAUCCCCGGCGCGAGGAUUCCUUGCAUCGUCGACACGCAGCCCAGCAAUAUUGUCAUGUUAACUUGUGAUGCAUUCGGUGUCUUGCCUCCGGUGAGCAAGUUGUCGCCUGAGCAGGCCAGUUACCACUUCUUAGCUGGUUACACAUCGAAAACGCCGGGCACUGAGGACGGUGUCCUUGAACCCAUCCCGACCUUCUCCACCUGUUACUCGGCACCGUUCAUCGUCUGCCACCCAGGCCGGUACGCCAGCAUGCUCGCCGAGCGCAUGUCCCAGCACAACGUUGACUGCUGGCUCAUCAACACGGGGUGGACCGGCGGCAAGUUCGGGAUGGGCAAGCGCUGCCCGCUCAAGUACACGCGGCGCAUCAUCGACGCGAUCCACUCGGGCGAGCUCGCCAAGGCGGAGUACGAGACGUUCGGCGUGUUCAACCUCCAGAUCCCGACGAGCCUCGAGGGCGUCCCGCGCGAGCUACUGAACCCCGAGAUGGCGUGGCCAAACCGCGAGGCAUUCGAGAAGGAGGUGCGGAAGCUGGCGGGUAUGUUCAGGAAGGCGUUCCAGGUGUACGAGGCGGAUGUGGAGGAGAAGGUUAGGUUAGCGGGGCCGCAAGUGUAAUGUUGUUGUACGACGGUUCUUAUAGGGCGGAUGGUGAGCGGGGUUACGUGGGCGUAGAGUGGACAUUAUGUAUAAGUAUCUCAUGAUCUUUGAUGUAUUAUCAUUUCUUUCUGCUACGAAUCACACAAGCUAAGUGCUUCGUCACC